UCGGUCCCAGAGACACGGAUCCGAGUCUGAAUCGGGAUCUCCGGUUGUGCGUCAAAGAGCGCCGCCGAAAAGCUGAAAAUUAUUAAGAUAAUAAACGGGAGCGCUUUUUAAGUGGCUGCGAAUGGUUCUGCUCGGGCAUAAACUAGUUUUUUGUGUAAAUAAACGAGGCGCUCGGCGAGCGUUUGAAGUUCUGGCCGGGAUCCGGGUUCCCCGCGUGGAAUGUGUGGCAUUGGGGGAUAGCGAAGAGCGUGCGCCCAUUGUUGCGACGCCUGCAGGCUCAUCCUCCUCAUAAACCCGUGCCCCAUAUCGCUGCUCCAUGAGCUUGUGGCCAUUAGCUCAAUCAUCGGCAUCGGAGCCGCGCCCUGGUGGUCCCUUAUACUGCCAUAAUAGUUCCAUUCUUUGUUGACACACAGGGUGGAAAAUGGAAAACUGAGGAGUGAAAGCGAGAGUGAAACAAAGUGGGCCCGAAGUAAGAUGUCAGCAGCGUUGGUGCAAAAGGCGACGGAAACUCAACUCGACCAGUCACCGGAAGUGGGCGUGGCACAGCUGGCCACCAUAUCGCUGCUUCUGCAAUACGACAUCGACAACACACUGAAUGCGCUCAAGGAGCAAAAGAAGAUGACGCUGGACGCUCGAUUGGGCGGCGAACAGUCCGCCGUGAGCAACAACAACCAGGACAAGGACGUCAACCGGAAUAUGCCGCAACAGACCGAGCUGGAGGUGGGCUUGGAUCUGGGUCUCAAGAGCAAUGAGACCGCCUUCAUGCCGCCCACUCCGCCGGCCACGCCCAACCUGCAGAGCACCGCCCAGAAGCGCUGGAAGAUCCUGGCCAAGGUGCUGCGCAAGGACUCCGAGGAGACGGUGUCCUCCUCCAGCGACGAGUUCGCCGAGGAGCAAACGGCCUCCGUGCGGCGCUUCAAGAGCUUCGAUCUGCUCCGCCAGGACAGCUUCGAGGAUCACGUGAGCCUCAAGUGCUUGGGCAAGACGGAGAACUGGUACAAGUACCGCAUGCAGCUGGAGAACGAGUCGGAGUACUCGGUGAACAUCCACCAUAUGGAGCGCCAGCUGACCGCCAGCGAUCUGAUGGGCUUCAACAACACCGGCAACAUAUGCGUCUGGCCCUCGGAGGAGGCGCUGACCGCCCUGGUCCUCUCCGAGGUGGCCUCCUACAGGGGCAAGUGGAUCCUGGAGCUGGGCGGGGGAUUCACCUCCCUCGCCGGCCUCAUGCUGGCCAAGUAUGCCACUCCCUAUGCCGUCCACCUGACCGAUGGCAAUGAGAUAUCGGUGGAGAACGUGAGGAAGACCGUGUGUCUCAACGAGCUGAGCUGCUACACCAAGUGCUCGGUUCUGAAGUGGCAGGAGAAGUGCGCCCGCUCCCAGGCGGAGCAGGCCAAGUUCGACUUCAUCCUUUGCGCCGACUGCCUGUUCUUCGACGAGGCUCGAUCCGCCCUGGUGGACACCAUCUGGUAUUAUCUGGCCCCCGAGGGUUCGGCCUUGAUAAUGGCCCCCCGGCGCGGUCGCACCUUGAGUGUUUUCCAGGAGGAAUGCGUGGCCAGGGGCUUUCGCGUGGAGUUGGCCAGCCGCUACAACGAGACCAUCUGGCAGCGGCAUCUCCAGCUGAAGGCCGACUCGGAGCUCUACGACGAGGACCUCCAUUACCCCCUGCUCCUGCGGCUGUGCAAGAGCCACAGCUAGGAGAAAACCGAGGGGGGAAGGACAUUUGGGGAGCCACUUGGCUGCAGUAGGUGCAAUUAAACUUAGUCAAUGUUUUAGUUGAUAGCAAGCAAAUUCCAGUUUACACCUUAAACAAAAAGAGGCCAACCGGCGGGCGAACGAACUAAAUUCCCCUGCAGGUCUCGACGAACAAAAAGAAAUUCCUCCCACACUGAAGAAAAAAUGUAGCAAGUCAAAGUCGUUAGACUGGUGCUAGAAAAUAACGUGAAGUGUUUGGCAACAUUCUAUUGGGUUAUAAAUUAAUUCGGCUUACUAGAGAAAAAUCACCUUAAAGGAAAAUUAUAUUGUGUCGAAGAGUUUAAAGUGAUCUUUGGUUCUUUCCAAUGUUUCUUAGAAUGAAGAAAAUAUUCCUCAUGUUUACAAAAUGUAAAAAUUUUUAUUAAAUUCGAUUGUUUAAUACCCAAUUGAAAUACCCAGGGAAACCCGAACAACUCUCUAAUUUGAUUCAAAGUCCGCUUGGGACUUUCACAGCCAUAUCUAUAAUACUCAAGGUAAAUUUUAAUGAAAAGGAUACAUAUUCGCGGCUUGAAAGCACCAGUCUAGUGAUCACUUUAGCACGUAGUUCACUGUUAAGUUGUGUAACAAAAAAUUCCUUUGGUAUGUAAAUUUGAUUUGCGUUGAUUCCACAAGUUUUGUAACUAUUUUUUUUACAAAUACUCCUCGUUAUGUAUAUGUAGUUACCUUUAUGUAUGUUACACACCCACACCCACAUCCACGCCCCACCCACACACAUACACACACAAGUAUUAUUUAAAUAUAACGUAUACGCUGAAUAGCAUACUUUUGGGCUGCUUUCGUAGAAGCGCAGCGAACACCCUCAGUUGAAAGGCGGAAAAUGGAUGGAUUCCGAGAAACCAUACACAAAGCAGCAGCGCUCGACCAAUUAAUUAAUAGUUGACUAAACUUAGUGUACUGUAAUUACCUAGAGCAUGUGUUAAUGGUUAUAUGAUGACGAUGAGAUAAAUACAGUAUCGAAAAGCCACA